UAGCCCAUGGUAUCAAACAAUCAGAUAGUAAAAAUAGAAAUGGAAAGAUGAAAUACAAGUGAAAAAUGAGCUCCUCUUGUUGCCUGAAAAGAGGAAGGGUCCAUUCAAACCGGGACAGGACGGGAAGAGCAGCAGGAAGGGCACCCCGAGGCAGAUGUACAAAUAAGGGCAUGCCCGAGGGCUGCUUUCCAAAUCUGCCACAAGAUAAGCAGGGGGGGGGGCAGGCGGAAGCAAAAUGGAAACCAAAACAGACCUCCUCUCUCUCUCUCUCUCUCAUCAUCUCCGUCCUCCCUACUGGUCACUGCCCUCCCUCCCUGUGCAGGCAGCAGGCAGCGUCUCCUCCCAGUCCCAGCCCCCAGCACCAGAGGCCCUCACCUCAUCAGGCCCCUCAGCCUCCCCUCCAUUAAAGACAAGGGUGGCCAAGCCCAUCCAUCCUCUUCCUCCUCCUCCUCCUCCUCCUUCCAUCCCCAUCCCCAUCUUCCACCCUUCCCCCUCCUGCUCACACACACACCUACUACACACUUGCAAUUCCCUUGAGGUAACAAGCCAAGCCAAGCAAGCAGCUUUGUUACCUGCCCAACAGCAACAUGUAAACAAGCCAAACCAAGCUUCACCAUCACCAUCACCGCCGAGGUCAGCUCACCUCCCCUCCCUAGCUACCAGUAACUGCCCAGUGGGAGUGGCCAGUGAGUACCACCACCACUACUAAUCACUUCGCCUCCAGUCCAGUCCAGUCCAGUCCGCCAUGCAGUCCGGCUACGGCGGCGUGUCCGAGUUCCAGCAGUUCAUCAUGGACGGCGGCUUCGCCAUGUCCGCGCCGCCGCCUCAGCAGCAGCCGCCCCAGCCCGCCGCCGCCUCCGCCCAGGAGCUGGGCGGGCCCUUCAGGUACCAGCCUCUGCACCACCACGCGCUGCCGCCGCAGCACCACCACCACGCGCCGCACAUGCCGCCGCACUUCGCCCACUUCGGCGCCGCCCCGCCGCCGCCCUUCACGCAGCAGCUGCUGCACCAGGCGGCCGCCGCGGGGCACCACCACCUCCAGCUCUUCCACGAGCAGCAGCAGCAGCAUCACCACCACCACAAGCCCCAGCCGCCGCCGCCGCAUCCGCAGCACCACCAGCUGCCGGCCAGAUGGGCACCGCAGCCGCAGCAGCAGCAGCACCACCACCAGCAGCAGCAGCCGCAGGCCCAGACGCAUCACCACCACCACCACCACCUCGGAUUUGACGUCGAGGCUGCCGUGCCGGAGAGCUCGGGGGCUGCGGGCGCCGCGGCCUCGGGCGGCGCCGCGCCUCCGGGCGUGCCCCCGUUCUUGGCAGCCGCCAUGAACUUCAAGCUUGCGGUCGACGCCGGCGGCGGCAGCGGCGCCACGGGAGGCACCGACGACGCCCUCAACGACGGCGGUGGCGCCGCGGGCAGCGGCAUGAUGCUCCACGUUGGCGGCGGCGGCGGUGGCGACGACGAGGCCGCCACAGAGAGUCGCCUCCGCCGCUGGGCCGGCGACGAGGAGACCUCCAUUAAAGAACCCACCUGGCGGCCGCUGGACAUCGACUACUUACACAGCUCGAGCAGCAGCAAGAGGACGGGGAAGGAGAAGGUGGCCACGCCGGAGUCCCCCGCGCCGGUUGCCGCCGCCAAUUACUUCAAGAAAGGCGACGAUAAUGCCGCUGCUGCCGCAGCCGCUGCGGCCGCGGGCGGCGGCAACUACAAGCUGUUCAGCGAGCUGGAGGCCAUCUACAAGCCGGGGAGCGGCGGCGCGGGCGUCGCCCAGACGGGCUCCGGCUCCGGCCUCACCGGAGACGACAAUGCCAUCCUCGAGCCGGCCAUGGCGGACCUCCCGGACGUGGCGGCCGCGGCCGCGGGCCCGCAGCUCAACACGUCGGAGACGUCGGCCGGGGAGGAGGCGGCCGCGGUGGUGCAGCCGCAGCCGCAGCUCCAGCCGUCGACGGACGCGGCGCGGCGCAAGCGGAAGCGUCGGCGGCAGCAGCAGCAGGAGCAGCUGAGCGCGUCGGCGUCCUUCUUCGAGCGGCUCGUGCAGCGUCUGAUGGAGCACCAGGAGAGCCUCCACCGGCAGUUCCUGGAGGCCAUGGAGCGGCGCGAGCGGGAGCGCGCUGCGCGGGACGAGGCCUGGCGGCGGCAGGAGGCCGACAAGUUCGCCCGCGAGGCCGGCGCGCGCGCGCAGGACCGCGCUAGCGCCGCGGCGCGGGAGGCCGCCAUCAUCGCCUACCUGGAAAAGAUCUCGGGCGAGUCCAUCACGCUCCCACCGCCCGCCGCGGCGUCCGGCGACGACACGAGCCAGGACGCGACGGCGGCCGGCAACGGCAAGGAGCUGGUGCCGUACGACGGCGGGGACGCGACGGCGCACGAUGGGGGCGGCGCCGGCGGGUCGCUGCACCUCAGCACGUCGCGGUGGCCCAAGCACGAGGUGGAGGCGCUGAUCCGGGUGCGGACGGGGCUGGAAGGGCGGUUCCAGGAGCCCGGGCUCAAGGGCCCGCUGUGGGAGGAGGUGAGCGCGCGCAUGGCGGCGGCGGGCUACGGCCGCAGCGCCAAGCGCUGCAAGGAGAAGUGGGAGAACAUCAACAAGUACUUCCGCAAGGCCAAGGAGAGCGGCAAGAAGCGGCCGGCGCACGCAAAGACGUGCCCCUACUUCGACGAGCUGGACAGGCUCUACUCCCGCUCGGGCCACUCGGCGGCGGCGGCGCGCGACGGCGAGGCCAAUGCCGGGGGAGGCGAGGCCAAGCAGGCGAGCUCGGAGCUGCUGGACGCGGUGGUCAAGUACCCCGACGUGCGCUACGGCCCGCCGGGGUUCGGGAUGGACAGGGAGCAGGUCUCCGGCGGCAAUAACAACGCUAAUAAUGAAGGUGGAGAGGACGAUGGCGACGGGGAGGAGGACGGCAUUGGCAAGGGCAGGGCCGGCGAUGAUCAGGACGACGACGAGGUGGACAGCCAUGGCCACGAUGAUGAGUAGCUAGAGCUACAGUACCCCCACACCUCUCUCUCUCUUUCUAACCGUUGAUGAUGAGUAGCUAGCUAGCUGCAUUGCAUUGCAUUGCAUUGCAUGCAUGGCAAUGGCGUUGUUGCCAUGGAUAUGGAUGCGAGCACAGGACGGACGGACGGACGGACGGACAUGCGAUGCGAGCUGGGCGCCCAAGGAAUCCUUUCCUUUGUUGAACAAAUUUGCUUAGCAAUCUGUUUAAUUUGUUCUUUCUUUCUUGUUACUAAAUUACUACUACUAGCUGUUAUUACUAGUGCAUUUCAACACUUGUUAUUAGCUAGCACUCCAAUGCUGCUUCUGCUUCUAGCUAGUUGUUUUUUUUUGUAAUUUUGUAUACUACUACUACUACUACUACUACUACUAUAUGAUAUGAAUAUGAUGCAUGGUCAUCUACAAGAUACUGUUAAUUACUACUAGUCUAAAAAUAAGGUGCCAUGAUUAAUUUGUUA